AUGGCUUUGGUAGCCCAUAUAGAUUCCGGAAAGACGACACUAACAGAAUCAGUUCUUCUCAAAUCUUCAUACCUGUCCACAGCCGGUACUGUCGACACAGGAAGCACGACGACCGACUUCUUGCCAGCAGAACGUGAGCGGGGUAUCACCAUUCAAUCUGCAAGUAUUCCUGUGAAAUGGAGGGAUUGGACUUUCAACUUGAUUGAUACACCUGGGCACGCAGAUUUCGGUAUGGAGGUUGAGAGUGCUAGCAGAGUUAUUGACGGUGCAGUAGUCUUACUGGACUCUGUGGAAGGCGUCGAAGCCCAAACGAAGGGCGUUUGGACGCAGUUGGAUAGAUACGGUGUGCGAUCCCGGCUGAUGUUCCUCAAUAAACUCGAUCGAGCGGGAGCUUCGUUCUCUCAUUCCAUAGCAUCUCUUUUGACCAACCGCCUACACCCAAACCCUGUCACCCUGGUACUUCCUAUUGCCUCGUUCAAUCCUGAGGACUACACUCGUGCCGAACCGGGCGUGCAAGGGCUAAUUGAUCUCGUCCACUGGGAAAUGUGGAAGUGGGACGAGGAUGGAGAAAUGUCUCGUCAUCAGCUCCCUCAAAGUAUCUCGGAUCUAGAACGGUCAGGCCUCAUUCAUCCCACCCAUCCUAUCCUGCCUCAUCUACUUCCGGCUCGCACAAGUCUACUGGACAGCUUAUCCAUGUUUUCCGAGGAAUUUAUGGAGGUUUUGCUAGGGCUGUCACCUGAACCGUCCUCAUAUCUCACAGUAACAGCAGACAAAAUACUGCCCCACUUGCGUAAGGCAACUAUCCGCAGUGAUGUUCUGCCUGUAGUUUGCGGGUCCGCAUUCAAACACAUCGGAACUGAGUUGGUUAUGAACUAUGUAGGAGAAUUGUUUCCAAACCCCAUGGAUGUGAUUGAAGCAGUUCCACAAACGAAUGCACCAUUGCGCAUGCUGGCUUGGAAGGUGACUUGGGACAAGCGGAAGGGUUGGAUGACAUUCGUUCGUGUCUAUUCUGGUACACUUACGCGUCAAAGUACUAUUUUCAACUCUACACGCAACCAACGCGAACGGGUAUCGAAAAUUCUUCUCCUCUAUGCGUCUGAAGCGGAGGACGUGGAAAGCCUCUCAUUUGGCUCUGUUGGUGUCAUCCUGGGCUUGAAAUAUACUCGUACGGGCGACACGCUGUUGUCCACAAACCGCUCAUCCCAGUCAACGUCUCUGCGAGAUAUUGUGCCACCUCCGCCAGUCAUGUCAAUGUCGGUAAUCCCACAUUCUCAUUCCGACUUGCAACCUGUGCAAGAUGCCUUGGAAUCUCUUGCCCGCACGGAUCCAUCCGUCCGUGUCGAGACCCAAGAAGGUCAGAUCCUCGUCCAUGGUCUCGGCUCAUUGCAUCUAGAGAUAGUUGAGAGCAGACUAAAGAAUGAGUGGGACGUUCAGUUCGAGCUUGGGCGACGAAGAGUCAGCUACCGAGAAGGUUUGGGACCCAAUGAUCCCCGACCGGUGCAGAACACGUGGUCCACGGAUAUUGGAGGCAAAUCCAUUGCCGUGACAAUUGAUUUCGCUCUGAGGGCUCUCGAGGAGCACGAAGAAGGCAACCCUGCCUGGGAUGGAAACAUAGUGACCGAUCAAACUGGCGAACUCAUUCGUUCACCAGACGCGUUCAAUGACCCCCUCGAUCCGAUGGCCAGUAUAGCACGUGGAAUCUUCAACACGCUCUCAAAUUCCCCUCAUACGUCCCUGGGUCUUUCCCACAUCUGCGUGCAAGUUAAAGGAUACAAGGUACACGCCGAACAUGCUCCGUCGUCAGUGCUUGCUGGUGGUAGCGCAGUGCUUCUCCGGGAUUGUAUACGCAGUGCCGGAAUGGGGCCUCUAAUGGAACCCUUCAUCCGCCUGAAAGUCAUUGUAAACGAGGACUCCGUCGGCAAGGUGGUCAAGGACAUCACCGAACACGGCGGUGAAGUGCGAGAUCUAGCUUCAGGUUCAGGAAGCUCUGCCGAUGUUGAAGAAGAUCUGGAGCCAUAUCCCCAUGACAGCGUAUACAUUCCUGCACAGGAAUUGUCUCCAUCCGCUUUUCAUUCAUCGCAAGGUGAUGCCUCAUCUUCUCGAUUCAAACGAUCCAUAUUCGCCGUCGCACCUCUGAGUCGCAUGCUUGAUUUCUCCAGUCGCUUGCGCGCAUUGUCUGGGGGGCAUGGCUUGUUUGAGAUGGCCAAUGUGGGUUUUCGACAAGUCUCAGAAUUGAGGAAGAUGGAGAUCUUGCGCGAGAUAGGGCGGGCAUAA